GAAUUGAAGGAAACAUAUUCAGAACUUCGUUUCACUGAUAAUAUUCAGUAUGAUUAAAUUAUUUCAGUUACAUAUUUGAUUUGUUCUGAAUGUGUACUGCCUUUUAGUAUUUUGCCUUCUUCGAAAUUUCUUCUGUUUAAAGAAAUGUGUAGUUGCUAAUGCUUUUUUUAAAUGUAAAAGUUAUUUUUAAUCAGUAACAAAUCAAUCCGAUAAAUUUUCAUAUCAAUCUAAUAAACUUCACUUUUUAUAUAUAAACAUGAUGGAUUACAUCGAAAGACUUUUACCUCGCCUUGUUGAAACUGAUAAUAACAUCGAAGUGGUUCGAAAAAUAUUGGCCAAAGGAAACUAUAAAAAUCUCACAGAUUCUAGCGGGGGUACACUACUUCAUAUAGCAGCUAAAAGUGUCUAUGACAACCCAGAAAUUGUGCAAGAGUUAAUUAACACCGGUGCUGAUGUAUGCAGAUUGGACCACAACUUGUCUACACCUCUGCAUUUCGCAGUUAUAUGUGGAAAACGCAAAGUUGUCGACGUACUUCUACAAACGGAAAUUCCGAUCAACCAGAAGAAUUAUCUAGGAAUAACAGCUUUGCAUUAUGCUAUCAAUAAAAAUAUUAAUCCUAUAUUCAGUAUCUGUGGGGUAGGUGCUGAUAUUUAUAUAGUUAGAAAGCUAUUGGAUCAUAGACUCAUAAAUGUUGACGCAACUGAUAGUUACCAGCAAACGCCACUUAUAUGGGCUAUUAAAAAUAAUCAUUUAGAAAUUGUAAAGAUGUUGCUCAAUAAGAAUGCGAGUGUAGAUACUUCAGACUUUUUCAGACAAACACCGUUGCAUCAUGCCCUGUUUCAUCGCGAUCACCGCAUUGUAGUUGCACUUCUUCUGAAAAAAGCCAGUCUUCUAAAAAUGGCUGGAGACGGCAACACCCCAUUAAAUAUUAUCAUAAAAUCGCAGUCGAUUGAAUUUGUGUGCUCAUGUUUGAAAGUAAUCGCAUUUAAUUAUAGUUUUAAAGCACUAUUGACAAAUAAAAUAAUAAAAUUCCCUGAGUUGUGGCAAUUUAUGAACAAAUGCUGGAACGAGAUUGAGUACAUGAAAAGCGAUGUUAUUGCGAAUGAGUUGACAGUUUUUGAUUUUUUCAGUAAAUGUGCUGCUAAACCUGGAUUUGAUGAUCCGAUAUUACAGAUUUAUAAACCUGUUAUUGAAAAGUUACUCACUGGAAACUAUCUGGAAUAUCUGAGUUAUAUAUUUAACCGCAUGUCGAAGUCAACAAUGUAUUCAGUAUUAGAAGUCUACAUGAAUGAGAAAUAUUGUAAUAAGCCUUGUAGAAUGGAAUACUUUUCAGAAUUUUCGAAAAUUAUUAAGAUUGGUCUGCUGUGUGAGUAUUUAUCAAAUGAGGACAUCUUUUGUUUAAUUGUAGCAUUUACUGACACGAUGAAAAGUGAGUAUUUGUUAGAUUUUCAUGAGCAUGAUUGGUAUUUGACUGAUUUAUGGGAUGUGUAUCCUGACAACCAUUUUUGUUAAAAUUUUAAUAUUA